CUCUCAGUGUCCAUCUGUGCCUCUCUCCUUCUGAUCCCUCACAGUGCAGAGCUGCUCAGUCACCCCCGGCUCUACAGUCAUGGAGAGAGGGGCAACGUUGGCCGUGUGUCUGCUGUGCUGGAGCUGCAGUGUGGUUACAGCCAUCCAGAGGGCUGACAUGUUCCCUUAUGGUUCUUUAAGUGGGGACUCUAUUCUGACUGAGGGCGACGAUGAAACCUCCAGAGUUCUGACCCUGCCCAAACCCUUAUACUUCUACAACUCCCUCUUCACUCAGCUCUAUGUGGCCACCAAUGGAAUCAUAUCCGCCCAGGACUUGCCGAUGGAAAAGCAAUAUGUUGACGACGGCUUCCCCACAGAUUUCCCUGUGGUGGCUCCGUUCCUGGCCGACAUCGACACCAGCGGAGGGCGAGGACAGAUUUACUACCGGGUGACAGAAACACCCAGCGUGCUCAACAAAGUGGCCCAGGAAGUACACCGAGGGUUUCCAGAUGCAAAAUUCACUCCCACACACGCUGUGGUGGCAACAUGGGAGAACGUGGCGCCGUAUGAAGAGCAAACUCGAACCAAUGGGCCUUCAAACAAGGUCAACACGUUCCAGGCAGUAAUCGGAUAUGAUGAGACGGACUCGUACGCUCUCUUCCUCUAUCCUGAAGGUGGCCUGAACUUCUUUGGGACACGACCCAAGGAAUCCUAUAAUGUUGAGAUCGAGCUUCCUGCUCGAGUUGGAUUCAGCAGAGGAGAAAUUACAUAUCUGAUCUUUUCCCGGACGGAGGGACCUCACUACAGCGUUACAGGGGACGAGCAGAGUGUUAAAAACCUUUACCAGGUUGGAAACACAGGAAUACCAGGAAUAUGGCUUUUCCACACUGGGAACCGUUACUCUUUCGACAACAUUGUCCCUGCGUCCAUUGGUGGCCUCCUUGCCACCUCACCAACCGGAGGCCUCCUCCUGGACACCACCACCCCUGAGUAUAGUGAGUUUGACGACUAUCCAGACAAUACGUUUGAGCCUGAUAACCAACCGGAGGACGAUUACCCUCUGACAGGGGAGGACCCUGAGUUCCAGCCAGCCCCUGCUGGUGGUGACCGCCCUGAGUCUCCUCGACCAGCGAGUCCCGACGCCCCCUCCUCACCUUCAGAAGACACUGGCCGCCACAUGUCGCAUGGCAACCAAGAUGUACCAUUGACCUCUGACCCCAGGUACAAUGUUGAGCCAGCAGAGAGGCAGUACGUUCCCUAUAAUCCUCCAGAGGCAGUGGUAGAGAGAGGCGCUCAGCAGGAACAGCAACCACAGGUUCCUCUGGAGGUGGUGAACGUGUACCCGCCUCACAGAAAUGAACCACGUCUUUCCCCCGGAGGUCAUGUGGUCAGCGUGGACGAAGAGGACGUAGAUUUUGACACAGGAGUGAUUCAAUACACCACAGAGAAUAAGGAAACCUGUGCCAGAUUCCAGCAACAAUGCUCCCAGAAUGCAUUUUGCUCCGAUUAUGCCACCGGCUUCUGCUGUCACUGCCAACCUGGCUUCUAUGGAAACGGACGCCACUGUUUACCUGAGGGUGCGCCCCAGCGCGUGAGCGGCAAGGUGAGCGGUACCGUGACCGUGGGUUCGACUCCAGUACAACUGAACAACAUUGAUCUGCAUGCCUACAUCGUGGUGGGAGAUGGGAGAGCGUACACCGCCAUCAGUGAGGUACCUGAGCCAGUGGGCUGGGCUCUGAUGCCAGUUGCACCAAUAGGAGAGCUUUUCGGAUGGCUGUUUGCUCUGGAGCUGCCCAACAGCCAAGCUGGGUUCAAGACUGCAGGUGCUGAGUUCACGCGUCGUGCAGAGAUAAUCUUUUACCCCGGCAACCAGCAUCUGUCAAUCAUUCAGACAGGACGUGGCCUUGACGACCACAACCACCUCACGGUGGAUACUGUUGUCAGUGGCAGCGUGCCCUUCCUACCUCCUGGUUCUGAAGUUUCCAUGAACCCCUUCAAGGAGACCUACCAGUACUACCCAUCCGUCGUCACUUCCUCGUCCGUGAGGGAAUUCUCAGUUGUAUCGGCAGAGCGAGGCUCAGAGUCCUUCUCCUUCCAGCUCAAACAAAACAUCACCUACCGCGACUGCACACAUGGCAACCGUGGGGCUGCCCUGGAGACGCUGCAGAUCACCAUGGAGAGGGUGUUUGUGAUGUACGUCAAGGAGGAGCGGAUCCUGAGAUACGCCAUCACCAACAAGAUCAGCCCAGUCGGAGCUGAGCCAACAGGAACAGAAGUGAUCAACCCCUGCUACGCCGGUACUCACGACUGUGACACCACAGCCCAGUGCAUCCCACUAGAGGGCCAGGCCUUCCAGUGCCAGUGUGCGACUGGUUAUAGAGGGGACGGACGCAACUGUUACGACAUAGAUGAGUGUGCCGAGGUCCUGAGUUCUUGCGGCGCUCACGCUCAGUGCAUGAACCUACCCGGUAGCCACCGCUGUCAGUGCCAGAGCGGCUACGAGUUUGGCUACGACGGACGCACCUGUGUUGAUGUGGACGAGUGCAGCUCCUCUCCGUGUCACGUUAACGCCAGAUGCAUCAAUGGACUCGGAUCUUUCCAGUGUCAGUGCCAGUCCGGUCUCUACGGUGACGGCUUCUUCUGUUCCCAACAGGAAGGACAGACAGUCCGUCCAAAGAGCCAGUGUGAGCAGCACAGAGACAGUCUGCAGAGUGGAGUGGAUCUGAGUGGAGAGCUAAGUGUCGGAGCCUUCAUCCCUCAGUGUGACUCUGACGGACGCUACCGUCAACUGCAGUGCCACGGAUCCACUGGACAUUGUUGGUGUGUGGACAUUAGGGGACAGGAGAGAGCAGGAACCAGGACUCCACCUGGUACGGCUCCCAAAGACUGUGACAGACCAGAUGAACCAGAGCGUCCUAAAACUCACUGUGAGCUGCACAGAGACGGUGUUCAGACGACCAGUCCAGAGGGGUAUCCUCUGCUCGGAGUGUUUGUGCCUGAGUGUGAUGCUAAUGGUCACUACAGACAAUUACAGUGCCACGACUCCACUGGACAUUGUUGGUGCGUGGACAGUAGGGGGCAGGAGAGAGCAGGAACCAGGACCUCACCUGGUACAUCACCUGUCGACUGUGGCCGACCAGAUGAACCAGAGCGUCCAAAAACUCACUGUGAGCACCACAGAGACAGUGUGCAGACCACGGGUCCAGAGGGAGACCGUCUAAUCGGAGUGUUUGUGCCUGAAUGUGACGCUAACGGACAGUACACAUCACUGCAGUGCCAUGGUUCUUCUGGACAUUGUUGGUGUGUGGACAGUAGAGGACAGGAAAGAGCAGGUACCAGGACAUCGCCUGGUGCAACACCUACAGACUGUGACAGACCAGCUGAACCAGAGCGUCCUAAAACUCACUGUGAGCACCACAGAGACAGUGUUCAGACCACCAGUCCAGAGGGGCAUCCUCUACUCGGAGCAUACGUACCUCAGUGUGAUGCUAAUGGACACUACACUCCACUGCAGUGCCACAGCUCUACUGGUCACUGUUGGUGCGUGGACAAUAGGGGGCAGGAGAGAGGAGGAACCAGGACUUCACCUGGUACACAACCUAAAGACUGUGACCAACCAGAUGAACCUGUGCGUCCUAAAACUCACUGUGAGCAGCACAGAGACAGUGUUCAGACCACCAGUCCAGAGGGGUAUCCUCUGCUCGGAGUGUUUGUGCCUCAGUGUGAUGCUCAUGGACACUACACAUCUCAACAGUGCAUUGGUUCUACUGGUCACUGCUGGUGCGUGGACAACAGGGGGCAGGAGAGAGGAGGAACCAGGACUGCACCUGGUACACAACCUAAAGACUGUGACAGACCAGACGAGCCAGAGCGUCCUCAAACUCACUGUGAGCGCCACAGAGACAGUGUGCAGACCACCAGUCCAGGAGCCUACGUACCUCAGUGUGAUGCUAAUGGACAGUACUCACCACUGCAGUGCCACAGCUCUACUGGUCACUGUUGGUGCGUGGACAACAGGGGGCAGGAGAGAGGAGGAACCAGGACUCCACCUGGUACACAACCUAAAGACUGUGACCAACCAGACGAACCAGAGCGUCCGAAAACUCACUGUGAGCACCAUCGCGAAAGAUCGCAGACCCCCAGUCCAGAGGGGUAUCCUGUAGUUGGAGCUUUUGUCCCUCAGUGUGAUGCUAACGGACAGUACACACCACUGCAGUGCCAUGGCUCCUCUGGACACUGUUGGUGCGUGGACAACAGGGGGCAGGAGAGAGCGGGAACCAGGACUUCACCUGGUACACAACCUAAAGACUGUGACCAACCAGAUGAACCAGAGCGUCCUAAAACUCACUGUGAGCACCACAGAGACAGUGUCCAGACCACCAGUCCAGAGGGGUAUCCCAUCCUUGGAGCUUAUGUCCCUCAGUGUGAUGAUCAAGGACAGUUUCGACCUCAGCAGUGUCACAGUUCCACUGGACAUUGUUGGUGCGUGGACAGUAGGGGCCAGGAGAGAGCAGGAACCAGAACUUCAUCUGGUUCACAACGGGUCGACUGUGACAAACCAGUCCAUGUUGCUCCGACCCAGCGACCCGAGAGUGUGUGUGAGCGAUGGAGGGUCAGUUUGAUUGAGCACUAUGGUGGAAGACCAGACCCACAACAAUACGUGCCCCAGUGCGAGCCCGAUGGACAAUUCAGUCCAGUCCAGUGUUACGGGGAGACCACAUACUGCUGGUGUGUGGACCAGGACGGACGGGAGGUUCCUGGUACACGAUCGCACGACGUUGUCAAACCUGCCUGCCUCCCCUCAGUGGCCCCUCCCACCGUGCGGCCACUGCCCCGUCCAAAUGUUACCCCCCCGCCGAACGCAGACGUCACGCUGCUGUACGCUCAGGGACAGAAAAUCGGGGCGCUGCCUCUCAAUGGGACCAGGCUCGAUGCAACUCGCUCCAAAACACUGCUGACUCUGCAUGGUUCCAUAGUUGUUGGUCUCGCCUAUGACUGCAAAGACAACCAGGUCUUUUGGACAGAUUUGUCUGCAAGAACAAUCAACAGAGCUUCAAUGGUGCCGGGAGCCGAGCCUGAGAUUCUCAUUAACACAAAUCUGGUCAGUCCAGAGGGUUUGGCCGUGGACGUCAAACGUAGGCUGAUGUUCUGGGUCGACUCCACACCUGACCUGAUUGAGAGCGCUAACCUGGACGGCAGCGGGAGGAAGACGCUGUUCGACACAGACUUGGUCAACCCCCGGGCCAUCAUAGUGGUCUCUUCAACUGGGACUCUGUACUGGACAGACUGGAACAGAGAGGCUCCGAAGAUCGAGUGCGCAUCAGUGGACGGUCAGAACCGCAGGGUGGUGGUGUCUGAAGGGAUCGGUUUGCCCAACGCUCUCACAUACGACUACUCGUCUGGGAAAAUCUGCUGGGCCGACGCAGGUACAAAGCGUUUAGAGUGCAUAUCUCCAGACGGGUCCGGUCACAGAGUCGUCCACUCCAACCUCAACUACCCGUUCAGCUUGGUUUACUACAGGAACCACUUCUACUACUCCGACUGGAGGAGGGACGGUGUGAUCGUAGUGAGCAAAGACAGCAGUCAGUUCACAGACGAAUACCUGCCCGACCAGCGCUCACACCUCUACGGCAUCGCCAUAGCAACUACCGGCUGUCUAUCAGGGAGCCACUAACGACGGACUGGCGGGCGCAAGAAUCUUUUGGUGCUAAAAUUCUGGGGGUGAUUCCCGAACACACCUCAGCUCUCCAGGUUCCCUCGGAGGAAAGGGGAGACGUCUCCCCGUUGGCAGAUUGAACGUCGGAGCAAAUUUACAACCCCCUCCACGUACCCUAACCCUAAAGAUAUAACCCCAAAAUAAGUGUUUUGUAAAUUUGUUUUAUACCUCAUUUUUAGGCUUUUUUUCUUCUACUGUAUUUUUUUACGUGAGUUGUUUUUGUUCCAUUGAUAAAAAGCUACACAACGAUGAAAAUCGGAUUUUAAAUGUAUGAGUUGGGUUUUUUCUGUUCCUCAGCGUCUGCUUUCGUUCAGGUCGACUGGUCACACUGGGGUUUUUUAAAGUCAAUCUUUUUUUAUAGUUAAAAACAGAUUCAAAAACAGUGUGAGAUUAUAGAAAAUUAGCUUUUAGCAUCAUGACAACAACAAAACCUGGUAUCAUCAGCACUGAUUUCUUCAAACCAUCAGUGAGUGAAUUAUAUUGUGUUAAUCUGAUGAUCGGUAAGAAUCUGUUUCCCUCUGUGUGCCAUGAUCAGAUCAGACAGACCUGCCACAUCUCUGCACUACUUAUCUGUAUUUCACACCUUUUGUUGUUUUUUUUACAAAAAUACUUUUACCGUUUCUACUACAUUUGAAAUCUAUCUUUUUAUAAGAUGUGAUAUUUAUAACAAUAAAAAUGUGAUUUGGUACUU